AUGAGCGUAGACGGAGAAAUGAUCGAGUCGGGAGGAGAAGACUUAUCAGCCUUGAUUCCGACUUCAGCACGACACUUUCUCGUUUUUGUUGGCGCUGUCUUCGUAACUCUGCUUAUCUUCCUUCUAUACUUGGAGAAGUUCCUAUGUUUCCGAAUUUGCCAAGGUCAUACCUGUUUUGACCCGAAGCGAACAAGUAAGUCCAUUAACUGAUCAACCUUUAAAGUGUACGUACACUCACACUCCGUUGUCAAGAAAUAUGCAUCAGUAUGUGUGCUUUGCAGUCGAAUUUUCCAAAACUCGACUUUACACCAACCUGGAAGGAGUCCUGAGACCCGGGCACACUGGAAUAGUUCACAGCAGGGCCUUCAAGACAUGAUGAGCUUCCAACAUGCCGGUCUGGAAAGCUCCAAUUAGGCACUUUAUUACCCAUGUUCCUCUGCGAGAAGAUGAUCUCGCAUUAUCCUACAACGUACUCUUGACCAAAUGACAGGUGGUAACCAACAAUCUAUCGUGUAAAGACACGUCACUUAAAACGACGGAAAUUGUGAGGAACCACAGAGGCUGAAUGGCGUCAGCGACUCAUUUUUAAGAUAAACAAGGCUACAGCUUGAGAUCUCAUGCUAAGAUGCAAGGAUUAUACGCGGUUGGGUUAUGUGAUGAACGCCGAUCGAGAAACACUGCUUAGUUACGUCUGCAUACGGUAGAUAUAGUCGGCAAUAGCUGUCGAUUUAUCACAAAUGUACGAAAAUUAGGGAAUACCGGGUUAUGCGAUAGUAAGCUUAGUGACAAUUUCUGUUAGACCACUCAAAUUAGAGGUUGGGAUUCCGUCGUUUUUACAGAUAAUUUUAAAAAUUUGACAUAUCAUGAUCAUGCUUUUUUAAAGAAAGCAUUUAAAACUUAAAGUUGAGAAUCACUCAAUAUUUGCUUUGAAAAAUUGUCUAAAAUGGUAUCUACAGGAAUGUCUUUUACUUUUAUAUACAUUCUCCGUUUAUUUAAGUAUCGCAGUAAGCAGUUUUUUCUGUUAUCUAGAAAUGGCACUUUGAAAACCAGUAAAAACUAUGAUGCCUGCUUGGUGUUUAGAUGGGAUGGAGACACUUGUGGUCAUCAAAGGACACUGGCGUUCCAGUACAAGGCUAAAAACAUCUCCACGGUAGUAAACAAAAAUCUAGGGAGAUGUAUUUAAUAAUUUUGAACAAUGAUUCCUAGGACGACCGUCUACUGCACAACUAUCUGAGCUGUACUUAAUUAGCCAUUAGUAGUCGGGCAUUGCAUACGCACUACCAUGCUUACGAGAGCCUUCAUCUGAGCAAGAUAAUGGGCAAUAUUAGGGCACGAUGCACAAUUACCGACGAAUUAAUUUAAAUGCAAAUUGUGCCUGACCUUUGACAAGUGUGUACUUCCUGAAGCUCAUCUGAAAUUCAAGAAGAAGCUUAAGACAACGUUAUCUAACUACAACUCGUCCCGUCAACGCUUAACUUUGAGGUAUAUAUUUGAACCGCUUAUAAGGUAUUUCGAAAGAAAGAUGCACGAAAUGUGCCCGAGAAUCCAACAGUGGUAUAUACUCAACACAGAACAGUGCCUCAGUCUAUUCCCGAUACAGAAACUAGCUGGAAGUUCAUGCGCGACUAAACUGUGAGGGGUUCGGCUAAUCUCGUGUAUACACUUCCUAGGGUCUUUGUACAUCUUUGCUGUUUGUUGGGUAACCAAGCUAAUCACAGAAUAUGCGCAAAACACUAAAAGGUGCGCGCUUCGAGACGUCCGGUCUGUAGGCCACAGGGUAGCUGCGGAACUCCAAUCAGUACAGGACUCUCGUUUCCAUCAACGCUACGGCAACAAUAGGGUGCCCGACCCACAACUAACUUGAGCUAGUUCGUGGACCGUGUCAUACCUCGAAUGGUGGUAGAGGGGGUUUCACGGAUGGGAAAAGACAUGGGGCGGUGAGCAAGAAGACACAGAAAAUGGACAAAUUUCUGCCGAAAGUCAUAUCGUACGCUGUCAUUUGGCAAAGAAAGUGAGAGCGAUAAGUAAACAACAAGCAAAAAGCAAAUUUCAUAACGUAGCGGAUUUUGAAUAAAGCGCCACUGGAAAGUUUACAUUUAGUCAGGAAUGGAAGGAAAUUUGAAACAGUGAAAACUGUGAAUAAUACGUGAUGUUUACAGUCACACUGGGAUUUAGGGGCAGAUUUUCGUAGCUGCCAUCUAUUUGUGGGUAUUACACCCUAUCGUUACCAAUGGUACAUUUAUUUACUCACAGAAUCUUACCCACAAUCUGCAUUUGACCAUCCUAUGAAGCUAAUUCAGUGAAAUACGCAUCUCUCCUGUAUGUGUCUGAUGCUCAGCAGGUCUUUCUAAACAGCGAACCACAACUUCACUAGGAUGUGGGAUUAGAAGUAGCCGUUCGAGACUGCAUACAAAAUUGGCUAUAUCGAAGACGAAGUAAUCUCCUGGCGAACUUUUCGCCCCCGUCUUCUGGCUCGCCAAGUUUUUGGUACUGCGAUAACUUCUGCAUCUUACAGGUAAUUGAGCACUAUUUUUCUCUCCCGAUAGACUUUGCUUCCGCUUCGGCACGAAUCCCCGCGCCUUCAGAUCUUGAAAAGGAUUCAAAGUGA